AUGGACAUUUUAAGUCAUAAUAGGAUAGAUUCUAGAUCAACUGGGAUGAACAAUAGUGAUUUUUCUAUUCAAUAUUCAAAUUCAAUAGAGUGUCGAUUCAAUCAAUUGCAAGUCGUUGAUCAAAACAAUUUAAAUCAGGACAAGA